GAACCAGCCUGCUCCUUUAUCCACACACACUUUCGUUUGUCCUCCUCUCUUGUCGUUUAUUUAUACUUUGCCAAAAAUUAAAUUGCUCUUAACGUGUGGAGCAUUUUCUGAGUGAAUUGGUGUUUAAUUGUGUAAAAUGAACGGGGACAAAGUGAGGUCAGUUCACAGGGCCCGAGUCAAUGGAGCCUUUCUUAACCAGUAUCACGGAAAACCGGUGUGCCUUUUGGGAACGGUGCUGAGGGCGGACGGUGGAGGUUCAGCCUUUCAAGUUCGUUCUAGUGACGGUCAGACGAUUAAUAUUCGACUCAAGACUCCCAUUUCUGAACCGCUGCAGGGUCUCAUCGAGAUUUAUGGGACAGGUCAAGGCCGCAAUCUCAUCCUCGCCGACUCUUUCACCAUCUUUCCCGAAACUCUGGCUGCUACUUUUGAUAUGAACACGUACAACGAAACAUUGGUUGUUCUCCAGCAGCUGAAUGAUUACAUAUGGCUCCCUUCAUAACUUCCUGUCCAGAUUUGAUUUUCCGGUGUUUAACGUAAUAAUUUUCUUUCUAAUAUUAAAAUGAUUGAAUAUGUUGCACAAGUUUAACAAUUACUCAAACAAUAAACUAGAUAUUAAAUAAUAUGGCUGCCAAA